CCAAGCAACUGGAUCUGGAAUUGUCGGCCAUGGAAGCAGAGACGAAGAGCUUAAUCAAGGUCUGGCUUUUGAUCAUGGCUUCCCUCUGCUACUGCCGCUUCAUCGCUUCCACAUUCCGCCCAGGCAAGUCCAGGCUCUUCUCUCUCCUCCCCGUCUUCUCUCUCUUCGCCCUCCUCCCUCUCCGCCUCUCCGGCGCCUUCUCCACCUCCGUCACCGCAUUCUUCAUCACCUGGCUUGCCAACUUCAAGCUCCUCCUCUUCUCCUUCGGCCUCGGCCCUCUCUCCUCCCACCCACCAAAACCCCUUCCCCUCUUCCUCGCCACCGCCGCUCUCCCCAUCCGCGCCGCCGCCGCCGCCGCAAACCCAUCCAGAUCCAGAAAACUCCUCCUCAAUCUCCCUGCCGAAUUCCUAGCCUUCUCAAUCUUAAUAACCGCCUUGCACGAUUACAGAGAGAUUUUGCAUCCCAAGAUUGUUAUGCUCCUUUACUGCUGCCUCGUGUUUCUGGUAGUGGACAUUCUGGUGGCGAUCUCCAACGCCGUCGUGCGGGCAGUGGCAGGGUGGGAACUGGAGCCGCCGUCGGACGAGCCCUACCUGGCGACUUCCCUUCAGGACUUCUGGGGGAGGAGGUGGAACCUCACGGUGACCAACACGCUGCGGCACACCGUGUACAUACCCGUCCGGUCGGCGGCGGAGCGGGUGCUCGGCCGUCAGUCGGCGGCGCUGCCUGCGAUUCUGGCGACGUUCGUGGUGUCGGGGCUGAUGCACGAGCUGCUGUUUUACUACCCGACACGCACGAGACCCACCUGGGAGACGACCGGAUUCUUCGUGCUCCACGGGGUGUGCGUCGUGGCGGAGCUCGGGGUGAAGCGGGCGGCUAGCGGCAGGUGGCGGCUGCCGGAGGCUGUGGCCGUGCCGCUGACGUUGGGAUUCGUGCUGGUGACGAGUUUUUGGCUGUUCUUUCCGCCGCUGAUGAGAAGCGGCGCCGAUGCCAUGGUGAUUGGGGAAUUCGGGAUUUUUGUGGACUUUCUCAAGAGAAGCCUCUCCUCCAUUGCCAUAACAAUUACGAGGUAGAAAAUGAAUUAUUUUUGACUUUUGAGAGCGAUAUUAACGUAUUUAAAAUAUUAUUACAUAUUAAAGGAUAAUUCUUAAAAGUAUUUUUGUCAUUUCGUUUAUAUAUAAUUGUUUGGUUAAGAAUACCAUUUUAAGUUUAUCAGUACCAUUUUUUUCGUUAUUCCUCCCCCUUGCUUCUCCUAAUCCAAACAUGGUGUUAAGUGUAUUUGUAUUUGUUUUUGUUAAUUAAAUGCUGAUAAAAGAUACCAUAUAGUCUUCCAUUACAAAAUGUGAUCCAAAAACUUAACAAACCAUAGCUUUUGUUACAUUCCCUAUGAUAUGAUAUUUCAAAAUUAUACUCAAAACUUCUAAAGUUUGAUGGAAUGAGAAAGAUAUUCCAGACAUUUGAGAAAUGGUGAAGAUCUUUACUAGCUUUACACCUUUAGCUAUAUUAUUUUUUUUAUUAUUACUUUAUAGAUGUUAAAAAUUUUAAUAUAACAAAAAUAUUAUCAAGUUUUCUUUCUUUCUCAAUCUCUUCUCCUUGUAUCGCAAACUAGUCGAAAUUUGGCUAUCUAUUGAUAUUUCUUUUUAGUUCGACGAUGGUUUGACCAUCAGAGAACUAAAAUUGUAAAUAUCAUACUAUUUAUACAUAUCAUUUCAAAAAAAGUUAUACAUAUAUUAAA